AGGAAAAGAAAGAUCCAAAAGAGGCGAAAAGUAAUGGUAAGAUGAAGAGUGUGGCUUCGAUUCCCGCUAACUACGUAUCCAUUCUUCAGCUUCAGGAGCAUUGGAUUAAGGAGAAAGAGCGGAAACAGAAGGAAAGAGAGAUUGUAGAGAGAGGCGUGAAGGAGAAGGUUAAUGGACAAGGAAGGAGAGAAGAGGCCACAGAGGAACCAAGGGCGAAGCUCGAGAAAGAGGGUGUAGAGGUCUCUGCGAUUGUGAGCAAGAAGGACGAAGAUUCGAGAGAGAGAAAGAAGAAAUGGUCUAAGAAGAAGGUGAAUAAGAAGAAUCAAGGUGGGCCUGUGGAGAAGGUUGUCAAGUGUGGAUCGAACAAUCCGGUGAAAGAGGAAACUCAGGGAGAAAAAGUAGUUCAAAACAGAGAGAAUGCUGCUUGUAACUCGAUCGGUGUAGAAACUCAGUUUAAGCAGCGAGUAGAAGAGGGAGGAAGAGAUAGAAAGGCCAACGGAGAUGUGAGAUUUAACAGCGAAAAAGGUUAUUACAGAAACCAGAAACAUGAUUGGUCGUCUACACGUGUUAUUAAGGCAACAAAGACUAUGGUGCGGGUGAAGAAAGGAGAGAAUGAUGCAACUGGUGGUGGUGGGAAUGGCGUCUGAAAGCAUUAGGUCCAAAGUUUAGGGUUUGAUUCAUGUCUUUAUUGUUGCAUUUUAGUGGUGUAUAUAAUCUUAGAGCAUCUUUAUGGUUCCAUUUAACUGAUGUGCUCACAUCUGUAAGUACUAGUCUAUGUGACUACCGCUGAAUCUGAGACCAACUAUUGAAAGACACUUUUU